AUGGAGAAGGGCGAAGGGCUCGAGCUGGAGUACGAACUGGAGCUCGAGCACACCAGCCCGCAAACUUCCUUCCUGGAGGACGAGGAGCUUCUCAUGGCCGAGGUCGACCUCGACGACAUGCACAACAACGUGAGCCUGAGCGACACCCUCGCGCGGACGCGGGCGGCGACGGUGCCGAACUCGCAGAGCCGACGAGAGCGCGCGACGCCCUCGCCGGACGUCGAGGCGUGCGGCACGAUCUUGAAGCGGCCGCGGAACCUCUGCGUGAAAAUGGACGACCGCGCGUCCUCGGUGACCGGGGCCAAGGCCGCGGAGCAAUAUCUCGCGCACCACCACGCCGCGAACGACGACGACGACGACGACCUCGACGCGGCGCUCGUCGCCGCCAUGCUGGAGGCCGACGUGCGCGAGUCCGCCGUGCCCGUCACCACCGGCCUCCAGGUCAUGGCGAGCCCCGCGGAGCUCGACCGGGUCGAGGCGCUCUUCGCCCGCCUGGAGGCGGGCGACGCCCUCGCCGGCGGCGGCGCGGCGCUGCCCGAGGAGCGCAUGCGGCGCGUCGUCCACGGCGGCUGCCUGCAAAAGGUCGGCACGGAGGCGACGUUCAAGCGCGAGCACGCGCGCGAGGUCUUCGUGCUGAACGACGCCCUCAUCGUGGCGACGCGCGCCGACGGCGAGAAGCACGGCUGGUGGCGCGGCAGCGGCGCGUCGUCCGCGACGGACGACGACGACGACGGGACGUGCCCGCUGCUCGCGAAGCAGUGCGUGCCCUGGGCCGACGUGCUCUACGUCGAGGACCUCCGGUGGGACCUGGCCGCGAGCCACGCGAAGCCCUGCUUCGAGAUCGGCACGACGGCGCGGAGCUUCCGCUUCCUGGCCGCGGACGCGGCGGACCUCGACGGCUGGCUCCAGGGCAGGACAAGAGAGCGAAAUUCCCAACUUCAAAGCCUCAUAUCUCGGCCAUUUUCCACUCGCUGGCUCCGGCACGUCGCCGCCGCGUUCCUCGGCGUCGCGCGGGAGCUCGACGCCGGCGGCGCCGCGACCAUCGGCUGGCGCCACGAGAAGAUGCGCGGCACGCUCUGGUCCGCCUGCUUCCUCGGCGCCGCGGGCGCGCUGCCCGCGCUGUUGAAGGCCGCGGACGAUUUGGACGCGCGCGACGGCGACGGCUUCGCGCCGCUCCACUACGCGGCCUACGCGGGCGACGCGAGGGCCGUGCGGUCGCUCGUCGACGCGGGCGCCGACGCGGGCGCGGCCGCGUCGCCGCCGCCGGGCGCCACGGGCGACGCGGCGGACUUCCGCGGCGCCGCGCCGCUGCACGUCGCCGCCUGUGUGCGAAUCAAAUCUUCAACCCGACUUCAAUGUGCGCGUAUGCGACCGUUUUGA